AUGACGGACGUAAAAUAUCCCUCAGGUUGUCGGCCGCUGACUGAGGAUUUAGGGACGGACGAGCUUAUCCGCAGACUUAAGACUCUAGCUCAUGCGUUACAAGCUAUGGGCCAAGAUGAAAAACACGUUCCUGAUUAUAUACAAUUAGCACUGAUGCUGGUAGAUGAAUAUUUUCUACAACAUUCAUCGCGCGAUGUUCAACUUUUAGUGGCAUGUUGCAUUGCUGAUAUAUUGCGGGUUUUUGCCCCCGAGGCACCUUAUAAAGACCAGGACCAAAUCAAAGCUAUAUUUAUGUUUUUCAUUAAACAGCUUAACGGUCUCAAAGAUCCAAAAGAUGCGUCUUUCAAAAGAUAUUUUUACCUGCUUGAAAAUUUAGCCUUCGUAAAAUCUUUCAAUAUGUGCUUUGAAAUUGAAGAUUGCCAAAAAAUUUUCUGUCAACUCUUUGCUAUGAUGUUUAGAAUUAUUAACGAUGAUCACAGCACCAAAGUAAAAAAUUUCAUGAUUGAUAUCAUGAGUCCUCUUAUUACGGAAGCUGACAAUUUAACUACACCAUUAUUAGAUUUAAUCUUGAUUAACAUUGUAGAGCCUCAAAAAUCUGCUAACAUUCACGCCUAUCAUUUAGCGGAGCAAUUGAUUCAAAAGACAAGUUACGCAUUGGAACCCAUCAUAAAAAUUUUUUUUAAUCAAGUCCUUAUAUUGGGUAAAAUUGAUAAAAAUAUUGCGGUUACAGCAAAAAUGUAUGAUCUCAUCUACGAACUAUAUCAAAUUAGUCCGAAUCUGAUGUGCUCUGUGCUGCCACAAUUGGAAUGCAAACUAAAGUCUACAACUGAAAUAGAGAGGAUGAAGGCGGUAUCUUUAUUAGCUCGAAUGUUUUCCGAAAAGGACUCACAGCUCUCAAAAAAACAUACCUCAUUAUUGCGAAUGCUUUUGGGUCGUUUUUGCGACAUUGCUGCAGCGAUACGUGUUAAGUGUGUACAAUCUUCAAUGCAUUUUCUAUUAAAUCAUCCACAUUUGCGAAAAGAAAUAACCGAUUGUUUACACGCCCGUCAACAUGAUUCCGAUGAAACAGUCCGCUAUGAAGUGGUUAUGGCCAUUGUUGCGACGGCCAAAAGGGAAUUUAAUAUAGUAUGUGAAUCACAGGAUCUAUUGCAUAUUGUACGAGAACGCACGCUGGAUAAAAAAUUUAAAAUCCGUAAAGAAGCUAUGAAUGGUCUGGCAUUUAUUUACAAAAGGGUUUUGUGUGAACCCAAUGACCUAUCGCUUGACUUAAAGGAAUCUGUAAGUUGGAUAAAAAAUAAAAUAUUACAUGGUUAUUAUAUGCCCGGAAUAGAGGAUCGGCUCCUCGUUGAACGUUUACUUAUCACCUGCCUCGUACCGUACAAAUUGCCUUCAGAGGAAAGAAUGAAGAAGUUAUACCUCCUUCUGGGUACACUCGAUGAUAAUGCUAUGAAAGCGUUUAUGGAAAUUCAAAAAAAUCAAAUGAAAACACGAAAAACCGUUAGUGAUUGGGUAAAAAUGCAUCACACCAAAGAACUUACACAAAAAAUGCAAAACCAACUUAACGUUAAACAAGCCAUAAUUUGCAAGUUACUGCCAGAUCCUCUUAAAGCGACUGAAUUUAUAGCGAAAUUCAGCGUCAAUAUGCGCAAAGAUGCAUCUUUACUGCGUUAUAUGGAGAUAAUUUUAAAGCGGGAUGUGUCUUGCAAAGAAUGUGCUGACACUAUGUCACUGCUUCUAAAGAAACUUGGAAAUCCAAUGGCGGCGAACUUAUAUUACAAUACCGUCAAAAUGUUGAUUGAACGAAUUGCGUCAGUCAUGGUAGAUAAGGAAUCAAUCGGUAUUUUAAUAAGCCUUGUUGACCAAUGCAUGCAACGUGGCAAAAUUGUAGAAGAAAUGGGUGUACCCAGUGAGGAAGCCGGUGAACGUGGUCUUAAAUUCUUAUGUAUGCUUUCGUAUAUAUUUUCUGCGCAUUUUUUCACCGAUGAAACCUUAGGACACAUGAUCGCCUUAUUAAGUCACGAGGAGGAUUACGCUGCACCUCUUAUACUGAAGGCUCUCGUACAUCUAGGCCGGUAUCAACCCUUAUGUGACAUUAAUCCAACUGUUUUGGAAGCACUGGCUUCAAUUUGCAAAGACUUUGCAUUAACAGGAACGGUAAAGCAGGCCAAACACGCAGUGCGUUGCAUAUUUGUUAACGUGCAAACACAAAUGGCCGGAAGCGCUGGUGCUGAUUCUAUCAAUCCUGCAUCAAAAACGCCUAUAAUUCAUCCAAUAUUUAAUGAAAUCAUUGAAUCUUUACGUGUUACACUCUCUCCACAAGAUCCAUAUCAACACACGAAAAUUUGUACGCUGGGACAUAUUGCCUACCAUAUGCCACAAGCCUUUCUGACACCAGUCAAAAAUAUGAUUGCACGACGUGUUGUCAAGGAGUUACUGAUUCAAGGCGUUUCCGAGACACGGGACUGCGACUUGCCGGUUGGUGACUGGUGUAGUAAAGAAAUGUUGCCUGCUGACACACUUUGCAAAUUGGACGCUCUUAAAACAAUGGCACGUUGGCUAAUCGGUUUGCGUUCAGAUGAACAUGCAGCACAGAAAACAUUUCGUAUGCUGAUCGCUUUCAUAAAUCAGCGUGGUGAUUUGUUGGAACAGAAUCGCUUGUGUCCCGCUGAAAAAUCAUGGCUAAGGCUUAGUGCUGCUUGUGCUAUGCUGAAGAUUUGUGAGCAAAAAGGAGUUGGAGAUCAAUACAAUGCGGAACAAUAUUUCAAUUUAUCGCAAGUCAUGUGUGAUCCUGUGUCUGAGGUGCGCGAUAUAUUCGCUCAGAAGUUACAUAAAGGAUUGGGCAAAGGAUUACCCAAUAAAUGCUUACCACUCGAUUUUAUGGGAUAUUAUGUUCUAGUUGGUCGUGAAACUGAAAAAAGACAAUCUGAGGUCAUUCGGAACUAUGUGGAAAUGGACGUCAACAAAAGGCGUGAAUAUAUCAARACAAUAGCGACAAUGUCGACUGAGAGCAAAAAUGAUGCGCAAACCGCUUACCUGUURCCUGAUUUCAUGUUAGCGUUUGCGAUACCCGUUUUAGCACAUGACCCAGCCUUCACCGACUACGAAGAUCGUGUACAGCUGAAACAAGUGGAGAAAUGUUUGCGCUUUAUUAUUGAACCGCUUAUGUCGAAGCGUGAAGCGUUCUCUUACAGCUUCUAUGUGAAUCUGAUACAGAUGAUGAAAAACCACCAGGAUACGACACCGAAUGCAGAAGAUAAUUCAUAUAACUUAAAAAUGUGGGCAGCAUGUGAUCUAGCACUGUACAUAAUCAACUCGAAAAUAGGCGAUGGCAGCACAUCUUCAAACUCUUUUCCUGUAACAAUAGCCUUACCAGAAAUGUAUUAUAAACCUUUGGAUAAACCGGAUAACAAUACAAAGGUAUACAUACCUUUAGACACUUACACAUUAGCGUCAGGUCCAAUAUCUGCGGCAUCAAAGUUAACCUCAUCAACAGCAGYCUCAGCACCGGUCGUUAAAAAAAUCAAUACUUCGGCUGCCAGCAGUGCGAAUCUUACAUUGCGUUUAGUUGGCGAUAAACGAACAACUGAUCAUCUGCCGAGCAAUGAAAACUCGCCAACCAAUGCACAAGAUAACGCUGUCACRUACGACGAUGGUAGUAUGGCUGAGCCACCAGCCAAGCGAACGCGCGGUCCAUUGCGGGCAGGAAGAACCGUUUCAUAA